AUGCCCGAAGCCACCCUCGAACAGGGCUACCAGCUAGGCGUAGACGUCGGAGGAACAUUCACAGACGUCUACGUCUUCACCCCCCACGGCAAAACAGUACGAGCCAAAGUGCCCACAACAACGCCGGACCAAAGCAUAGGCAUCCAAAACGGCAUAGCGAAAGCGCGCGAAAUACUAAAGAGCGACUUCGACUGGUCGGGCGCGUUCCAAUUUAUCCAUCACGGCACGACGACCGCUACAAAUGCUGUUCUGGAAGGGAAGGGCGCCCGCACGGCGCUUGUCGUCACCGCGGGACACAAGGAUAUCCUUGCUUUGCGCCGGUCUCAGAUUCCCGGUGGACUGGGUGCCUGGCUACAUUGGACACCGCCUGAGCCGAUUGUUCCGCUUGAGAGGGUUGUGCAGUGUAAAGAGCGGAUGUCGGUGCAGGGUGAGACGGUUAUGGCGGUUGAUAUCGAGGAUUUGAGGGUCGGGUUGAGGGAAUUGGUGUUGCUGAAGCCGGAGGCGGUGGCUGUUUCUUUGCUCAAUUCGCAUAGUAAUGAUGCGCAUGAAAGGAUCGUUAAGGAGGUUGUGCGUGAAGAGCUUGGGUCUGAUAUUGCGGUUAUUUGUUCGGCGGAUGUCUUGCGCGAGGUUGGUGAAUACGAGCGGACAGUGACGACUUGUACAAACACGCUUGUGAAGCCGGUUGUGCAGAAUUAUCUGCAGAACUUGUCUGAGGCGCUUGCGGCCGAGAGUCAGACGAUCCGGGUUCUGAAGAGUGAUGGGGGCUUGACCAGUUUGACUCUUGCUUCGGAGCUGCCUGUGAAUAUUUUGAUGUCUGGGCCUGCGGGGGGUGUUAGGGGAGUUGCAGAUGUUGUGGCUCAGAGUACACCAUACAAGAACCUCAUUACGCUAGAUAUGGGAGGCACUUCCACUGACUGUGCGCUGAUCUACAAUGCUCAGCCUCAGCUCCGACGUGAGACUGUCGUGGGGAGUCUUUCUGUUCGUGCGCCGGCUGUCGAUAUCAAGACCGUUGGCGCGGGAGGUGGCUCUAUCACAACCUAUAUGGAGCUCACCGAGACAAUGCGAGUUGGCCCGGAAAGUGCUGGUGCGACGCCGGGUCCUGCAUGCUAUGGAAAAGGCGGAAGACAAGCAACAGUCACAGACGCAAACCUCGUUCUGGGAUAUCUUCCCAAGACCUUAUUGGGCGGUGACUUUGCGCUUGAUGUGCAAGCAGCCACAGCAGCCGUUGAAGAGAUUGCGACGCAAAUGAAGCUGCCCGUUGUUCAGACAGCAGAGGAUAUCAUCACGAUGAUCAAUGAGACUAUGUAUGGAGCUCUGCGUCUUGUCUCUGUUGAACAAGGUUAUGACCCUCGCGAGUUCGCGCUCGUUGCCUUUGGCGGCGCUGGCCCUCUUCAUGCCAAUGCUGUUGGCCAACUUCUCGGAGCUUGGCCUGUUAUUAUCCCACCGUCGCCAGGUAUCUUGUGUGCACAGGGUGAUGUGACAACCAAGCUUAGACAUGAGCAGUCUGCGACCUUUAUUCGACUAGUCUCUGGGACAGAUAUUGCGGAGGCUCGAGAGCAGUAUGAUACUCUGGAGCAAAUGGGCAAUGAGACUCUGCGGAGAUCGUCUGGAGAGAAAUGGCCUAUCACCUGGAAGGCUGAAUAUCAGGCCGACCUUCGCUAUAAAGGACAGGCUUUGACCAUUACCGUUGACCUCACGUCUGAAGAUUUAAGUGCCGACACAAAAAAAUGGCAUGGUAUAUUGCGUCAAAAGUUUGAUCAACAGCAUCAACAAAUGUUUACUUACUGCUUGCCUGACUUUGAGCUGGAAUUAAUGCGACUUGGAGUUGUGCUGGAAGAUGCUUCUCCAAGCAUUGCUAUUCCUGAAAUUGAGAAAGCUACAACCAAAAGUCCUUCCCCGGAUGCAAAGAUUGGAGAGCAGACAGUUAUCGUGCAAGGCAAAGCGCAAUUGGCAACCCUAUGGGACCGUCAGAAAGUCACCAAAGAGGGAGUCCAACUGACGGGGCCAUGUAUCAUUUCCGAGAUGGACAGCAACACACUCAUCUUGCCAGGAUAUUACGGUGAGAUUGACAAGAUAGGGAAUAUCCUGAUCAAUCCACUGGACAAAAAAUCCAAAGUUUCCACAGAACACACAGCCGAAUCGGCCAAGAAGCUCGUUGAAAGCACUCCCCUGGUUCCAACAUUGAUUGCAUCAACUCUGGCAUCCAUCCGCAGUGAAAUGGACCAGAUGAUGCUACGAUGCAGCAUGUCACCUGCAAUCCGAGAACAACAAGAUGAAUUCAACGUCAUUACUGACUGCAAGGGUAAAAUGUUGGUAGGCCAAUUCGGAAGCUUCAUUACCCAAUUCCUGGAAGUAUGGAGCGGCACGAUCGAAGAAGGAGACGUCUUCAUCACCAAUGACACAUACCAAGUACAGGGUGCCAUCAGCCAUCUGAACGAUGUCAUUGCCUUCCUACCCAUAUUCCACGAUCAUCAGCUCAUUGGAUGGGCAUCUCAAUUCGGUCAUUUGACAGAUGUCGGAGGCAUCGUCCCGGGAAGCAUGUCAAUUAAUGCAACCUCUGUCUUCGAUGACGGCGUCCAGAUCCCCUGCAUCAAGCUGUACGCACGUGGUGUCAUGAACUCCGAUCUAGUAGAUCUGCUCUGCCGAAACUCGCGCCAGCCAGCAUGGUAUCGAUCCGACCUGACAGCCAUCGUAGCGUCAUGCUCAAUGGCAGCCACACGAACGCGCGAGCUAGCAACGCGUUUCGGAAGCGAGGUCUACCUAGCAGCGUGCGCAGAGUUGCUAACCCGCAACCGCAACGGGUUCGCGAAGAUCAUCGAGCGACAGUUUGACGACAUGGAAAGCAAGUUUACCGAUUUCGUCGAUGAUGACGGCCACGGAGUUGGGCCAUGGGCUCUGACCUGUUCCAUGAAGAAGACCGAGGACAAUCGGUUGAGCUUUGACUGGAGUGGAACUUCGCCUCAAAGUCAGCAUAGUAUCAACUUCUAUCUCUCCGAAACAAUGUUCAAGAUGUUCAUUGGAUAUUACCUUAUUGCCGCUGCAGCUCCCGGCACAGUCAUCAACGAUGGUUUCCACGAUUUGAUCGACGUGCAUAUCCCCCAAGGCAGCGUCUUGAGACCUAUGCGUCCUGCGCCAAUUUCUUGCCGUACCCAUUUCCUAGGUCGGACGUUGGAUAUUGUGCAGGCACUGAUCGGCCAGAAACAGGACUCCUACCAGGCUGCUGCUGGCUUCAGUGAUUCACCGCAUUUCUUCUACUCCGGGUUUAAGCCCGAUGGAGAAUGGUAUCAGCUUUAUCAAAUCGGAUUUGGAGGUGUACCUGCUCGCCAGGCUGGCGAUGGACCUGAUUGCCACUGUCUUUUCCCCGCUAUCAAGUCCAUUCCCACUGAAAGUAUCGAGUUGAAUUACCCGCUGCGCAUCGAGGCAAAUGAGAGCGUUGCUGAUAGCGGAGGUCCGGGGUUCUAUCGGGGCGGAAAUGCACAGCGCACUUUGUACCGGUUCCUUGCUCGUGGGGAAUUCAGUCUGCACGAUGAUCGGUGGUUCACGAAGCCCUGGGGAUUGAAGGGCGGAAAACCUGGACAGAGAUCGCGCAAGAUAUUGUAUCGCCAUUCUCAGUCUGCCGAUGCUGCUCCGGAGAUCUUGCCUUCGAAAUGUGAUCACAUUCGUGUUGACCCAGGCGAUCUGCUUGAAUGGAUUACUUGGGGUGGAGGUGGUCUUGGGGAUCCAUUGACUCGUCCUGCUGACAAGGUUGCCCUUGAAGUACAUCGGAAGCUUGUCACCAUUGAUGGAGCUCGUCGUGGAUAUGGUGUUUCUGUGAAUGAGAAUUUCACAGUUAAUGAAGCCGGGACUGCGGCUCUGCGGAGCCUAAUGAGAGAAGAGCGUGCUCAAGUGAAAGCAGCUUCCAUCUAUGACCGUGGUGGCAGCCUCGAAGAGCUCCGGGGGACAUGUCUGCAGGAGACCGGGCUGGAGGCUCCCCUUCCUCAGUGGGAUACAGACAUCUAUGGUCCUCAUGCCGGCCUGAAAUACGUUAAGGACUGGUAUAGUGAAAUGAGAAUUCAGAAGGACUGGAAACUAGACUGA